AUGUCAGCCCGGGAUUCAGAAUUCCCAAGUGCGCAGUCUGAUGGCUCACGGCAUUCUCGCCAUAUGCCCGCGCGAGCAAGCCUGGCCGUGAGGCAGAGAGAAGAAACCCAUUCCAGCACGGGCGCCAAGCGGAAGCGCACGAAUACGACGUCAGCCGGCGGCGCGUCGCCAGCUUCCACAAUGGACGACGACGACCUGGACGAUGUGUAUGAUCCAGACCAGCCGCUGGAAGAAAGGCGCAAGGUCCAGCAGGGCUUCCGCGAUCUCCUCCGCAACAUCACGGAACACAGCGAGGAGUAUCUACAGGGCGAUUCCCACGGCCUACACGAGACGAUUCUACGGGCAAACGAACUAUCCAAACAA